CGUCGUGUCAAAAAUCUUGAAAAUCAAAACAAAAUUUCGGACAAAACAAAAAUAUUUGUAACAUUAAUUUUAUAAUGAAUUCACUGUAUUACGUGUAGUUAAUCCGUUCCAACUUAAAGCGUUUAUAUUUGUGCUUCUAAUACCUUGUAAUCGUCAGUUCACGAUGGCUUGGUUCGCCGAUCUCGCCGGCAAAGCUGAGACCCUUCUCAACAACAUAGACGAGCAGACAGGAGCUGCACUACGCAGCCACCAUGCAGCUAAACGGGGGAAAACUCCGGAAAGAAACGACCUAGGCCUCCAAACCAGAAGACCUAUAAGAAGCAAGUCCCCACCAAAAAGCAAAACAUUUGACGAACUAAAAGAUAUCAAGAGUUUCUAUAGUCAGAUAAAUAGGAGUACUUCUCCAAAAAACCUGACCAGACCUAACAAAUACAGUGACAAUGUGAGGCAGCCUAAGAAACCUAACCUUGCUCCUGGAAGUAAAUUAAACUCUUAUAAUGGAAGAAGUGCUAAAAUAGUAGUUGAGGAAGCUGGAGGAAGUGACGAGACUGAGACCCUGGUGAAUAUAAACUGUAGAAGACACAGCAUUCCUGAAGAUUACAAGCAGAUGAGUGAGAGUGUGACAUACAGGAUGCAGAAUUUAGAAGUGGAGAAUGCCAUGUUGAAGAACGAACUAAAAGUGGCCAACCGAGAGGUGGCUGAAUUUUUGGAGAGGAUCAGACAGACUGAAACAGACUUGCUGAAAGCCAAUGACAAUCUGGAAAACUACAAAGCCAUCAACAAGACCCUUCUAGAAGAGAAGGAGUCUCUAUCCACACACCUUGCUCAGCUAGAGAGGAAACAUAAAGAGUUGGACAGUGCUGAAGCAUUGAGGCGUGAUGAAAUGAAACAAAAGUUGAAAGAUGAAGUUGAGAUGCUCAGAGAUGCUAAGAUGGAUUUGGAAGAAAGGAUACACAGUCUAGAAAUCAAAGAAGCUGAGGACGCCACAGCUUAUCUAAAGUUAGAAAAGGAUUUGCGCCACGCGCAAUCGACUAUCCAGGAUCUGCAAAUAAAUCUAGAAAAAUCUACAGCAGAAUGCCAUAGAUUAGAAAAGGACUGGGAAACUUAUAAGGUCCGAGUGAAAAAUAUGCUCACAGCCAAAGACAAUGAGAUUAAGAUGUUGCAGGAAGGAGGCAAUUUGACUGAGGAUACAAAGAUCUUGAUGGAUCAGAUUGAUACUUUGAGACAAGAGCGCGAAGACCUCCAAGACGCCUUAGACGCAGCGCGCAAAGACUGCUCAGACCUGAAAGCAGUUAUAUCAGAACUGGAGGCGCGUGCGGGCGCGGCGGAGCGGGCGGCGGGGGGGCUGCGGGGGUGCGUGCGCGAGGAGCGAGCCCAGCGGACCCGGGCCGAGGCCGACGCAGCUGCUCUUAAGAAGGAACUAAAGGCGUUGCAGCUUGAGGCCAAUACAACGAUCGCCAACUUGAAAACUGCCCUUAGGGAAAAGGAAAACGAAAUAAAUAACCUUCGGGAGUCUAAUCAGUCAAUAGGCACAACGGCAUCAGGAGCGCUGAACGUGGCGGACUACGCGGCGAGUGCGACAGAGAUGGACCGACACAAGAUAGAGUAUCUCACAGACAUGCUGGUGCAGCGACAGACGAAGGUCGAUUCUCUGAUGGGGGAGAACAAUAUGCUGAGGAUACAGUUGGAUAAGCUUGAGUCCAAAUACAAGGCCGAGUUGAGCAGCAAAAUAAACAGCAGUCAUGUUUUGAAUUUAGAUGACCAUGCCAAACUAAGAAACAACCGGGCUCGCUACGCGCCGUCGUCCGCGCUCAGCCGACUGUCGGUCCGGCUCGGAGUGGCCAUCAAGAGAUACCCGAUAUUCAGGGUAUUCAUCUUAGCUUAUAUGAUCGGUCUACACUUCUGGGUGAUGACUGUGCUAUUCUCGAGCACUCCAGAUAUAAUACCAAAACGUGCGUCAUGAUUGGUGAAUUUAAUUUAUUAACCGAAUAUUGUGUCUGGGGCUAUUCUGAAUACCCAACCCACCGCAAGUGUUAUUGGUGCUACUUUUUAUAAAUACAGUUUAUUUUGUAAUAAUGUUUAUUAAAUCGUUUAUUUACUAAG